AUGUCUGGUCAUGGCAAGGGAGGUAAAGGACUCGGAAAAGGGGGUGCUAUUCGUCAUUGUAAAGUUCUCUGUGAUAACAUCCAGGGCAUCACCAAGCCCGUUAUCCACCGCCUGGCUCGCCGCGGAGGAGUGAAGCGAAUCUCCCGGCUGGUCUAUGAAGAUACCUGCGGGGUGCUGGUAGUUUUCCUGGAGAAUGUGAUCCGGGAUGCCGUCACCUACACUGAGCAUGUUAAGAGAAAGAUUGUCACCACUAUGGAUGUAGUGUAUGCUCUGAAGUGCUAG